CUUGUCAUACUUCUUCCAAUAAGAUUUCGAAUAAAAAAGUAGUUGCUAAUCAUCGUUUCGUACAACCUGUGAUGUCUGAUUCCAACUCACUAUCAAUUCUAAAAGGAGAAAUCAAUCGUCUUGGAUUUGUUUCAGGCGAAAAAAUAAGUUUACUCGCUCACUUUACCGAAAAUGUGGAAAAAAUUGCUGUCGCAGUAUCUUGUCUUAAUGAUUUUGAUUUGGAUGAAGAUAAACGUACUUAUUUGAGGUCUCUAAUAUCGCCACCUGUUCAACCCGUUGCUGGUAGACCCGCUAAGAAACAAAAAUUAGGAA